GGCGACAGGACAGUUUCGCCGAGAUGGCGGCCGCGGCGGCGGCGGCGGCGGCGGCGGGGGAAGGGAUGGAGCCUCGGGCGCUGCAGUACGAGCAGACCCUGAUGUAUGGCCGGUACACUCAGGAACUUGGGGCCUUUGCCAAAGAGGAAGCUGCUCGGAUUCGCCUGGGAGGGCCUGAGCCCUGGAAGGGCCCCCCUCCUCGGGCUCCUCCUGAGCUCCUGGAAUAUGGACAGAGCCGAUGUGCCAGAUGCCGCAUCUGUUCUGUACGCUGCCACAAGUUUCUAGUAUCCAGGGUUGGCGAAGACUGGAUCUUCCUGGUUCUCCUGGGGCUUCUCAUGGCAUUGGUCAGCUGGGCCAUGGACUAUGCCAUCGCUGUGUGUUUACAAGCUCAGCAGUGGAUGUCCCGGGGCUUGAACACCAACAUCUUACUCCAGUACCUGGCCUGGGUUACCUACCCUGUUGUCCUUAUCACUUUCUCAGCUGGAUUCACCCAAAUCCUGGCCCCUCAGGCUGUUGGGUCUGGCAUCCCCGAGAUGAAAACCAUCCUGAGGGGAGUGGUGCUGAAAGAAUACCUCACUCUCAAGACCUUUAUAGCUAAGGUCAUCGGGCUAACCUGUGCCUUAGGCAGUGGAAUGCCCCUUGGCAAAGAGGGCCCCUUUGUGCACAUCGCCAGCAUGUGUGCUGCCCUCCUCAGCAAGUUCCUGUCCCUCUUUGGGGGUAUCUAUGAGAAUGAAUCCCGGAACACAGAAAUGCUGGCUGCUGCCUGUGCUGUGGGCGUAGGCUGCUGCUUUGCAGCACCUAUCGGAGGCGUCCUGUUCAGCAUCGAGGUCACCUCCACCUUCUUUGCGGUGCGAAACUACUGGCGAGGUUUCUUCGCUGCCACCUUCAGUGCCUUCAUCUUCCGGGUGUUGGCUGUGUGGAACCGUGAUGAAGAGACCAUCACUGCUCUCUUCAAGACCCGGUUCCGGCUUGACUUCCCCUUUGACCUACAGGAACUGCCAGCCUUUGCUGUCAUUGGUAUUGCUAGUGGCUUUGGGGGAGCCCUCUUUGUCUACCUGAACCGGAAGAUCGUCCAGGUGAUGAGAAAGCAAAAAACCAUCAAUCGUUUCCUCAUGAGGAAACGCCUGCUCUUCCCGGCUCUGGUGACCCUGCUCAUCUCCACUCUGACCUUCCCCCCUGGCUUUGGACAGUUCAUGGCUGGACAGCUCUCACAGAAAGAGACCCUAGUCACCCUGUUUGAUAACCGGACGUGGGUCCGCCAGGGCCUGGUGGAGGAUCUAGAACCACCCAGCACCUCGCAGGCUUGGAGCCCACCACGUGCCAACGUCUUCCUCACUCUGGUCAUUUUCAUUCUCAUGAAGUUCUGGAUGUCUGCACUGGCCACCACCAUCCCAGUGCCCUGUGGAGCCUUCAUGCCUGUCUUUGUCAUUGGAGCAGCGUUUGGGCGUCUUGUGGGUGAAAGCAUGGCUGCCUGGUUCCCAGAUGGAAUUCACACAGAUAGCAGUACCUAUCGGAUUGUCCCUGGUGGCUAUGCAGUAGUGGGGGCAGCUGCGCUUGCAGGAGCGGUGACACACACAGUGUCCACAGCUGUGAUUGUCUUCGAGCUCACGGGCCAGAUCGCCCACAUUCUGCCUGUUAUGAUUGCUGUCAUCCUUGCCAAUGCCGUUGCCCAGAGCCUGCAGCCCUCCCUCUAUGACAGCAUCAUCCGGAUCAAGAAGCUUCCGUACCUGCCGGAGCUAGGCUGGGGCCGCCACCAGCAGUACCGGGUGCGAGUGGAAGACAUCAUGGUGAGGGACGUGCCCCACGUGGCUCUCAGCUGCACCUUCCGAGACCUGCGCUUGGCACUGCACAGGACCAAGGGCCGCAUGCUGGCCCUAGUAGAGUCCCCUGAGUCUAUGAUCCUGCUGGGCUCCAUCGAGCGCUCACAGGUAGUGGCAUUGCUGGGGGCGCAGCUGAGCCCAGCUCGGCGGCGGCAGUACAUACAAGAGCACAGAAAGGUGCAGGCCUCUCCAUCAUUGGAUCCGGAGAGUCCCCCCAGUUCUGACGCCUCUGUCCGCUUCCAGGUGAACACAGAGGACUCGGGCUUCCCUGCGUGCCGCGGAGAGACUCACAAGCCCCUGAAGCCUGCUCUCAAGAGGGGGCCCAGCAACACCACAAACCUCCAGGAGAGUCCCACGGGCAACGCGGAGUCCACGGGCAUCGCCCUCAGAAGCCUCUUCUGUGGCAGUCCACCUCCGGAGGCCGCUUCAGAGUUGGAAAAGUCAGAAUCCUGUGAAAAGCGCAAACUGAAGCGGGUCCGAAUCUCCCUGGCGAGUGACUCAGACUUGGAAGGCGAGAUGAGCCCUGAGGAGAUCCUGGAGUGGGAGGAGCAACAGCUCGAUGAGCCUGUCAACUUCAGUGACUGCAAAAUUGAUCCUGCCCCCUUCCAGCUGGUGGAACGGACCUCUUUGCACAAGACUCACACCAUCUUCUCACUGCUGGGAGUGGACCAUGCUUAUGUCACCAGCAUUGGCAGACUCAUUGGAAUUGUUACCCUAAAGGAGCUCCGAAAGGCUAUUGAGGGCUCUGUCACAGCCCAGGGCGUGAAAGUCCGACCACCCCUCGCCAGCUUCCGAGACAGUGCCACCAGCAGUAGUGACACAGAGACCACUGAGGUGCAUGCACUGUGGGGACCCCGAUCCCGCCAUGGCCUCCCCCGAGAGGGUAGUCCUUCCGACAGUGAUGACAAGUGCCAGUGAACCCCUCACCCAGUGGCCUAUAUUCCUUCUGCCUUGGAAGAGCAGGAAGUAGUGGCAGCCACAGGCCGGAACCCAAGCCCUGAGCUGCCAGCUUCUCCUAGACCAUCCUACCUGGAAUGUGACUCAAUUCCCACCUGCCAGAGGGAGACUGACACUGCCCUGGCCAGAUGGGGUGGGGCCAUGAAACUCCUAACCCUUCUUUAAGGGAGAAGGGUAGAAUUAAGAUGGGUUUAUACUGGAACUUCCAAUGACCAGAUGUAUAUAGAGAUUUACAAAGAUUUUUAUAUUAAUUUAAUAAAACAAAUUCUUAAAUAGAAUAAAAUAAACACUUAAUGAGCCAGUCGUAUAUAGAAA